CCUUCAGCAGAAAAGUUGGGAAUCUAGAGUGACCUGAUUUCUCAGGCAAAAACCCUUUCUUUGAGUCAGGGAGAGACCCUUAGCAGUACUGAGUAUUGUGAGAAAUCCAAACAGAGUGAGUUGGUGUUGCUUUCUGUUUUUUUCUUGAGCUCUUAACUGAAUGUGAAGUAAACAGGGAUAGUUGCCUUCCUGACGGCUAUAACAUGCUGUAGCUCUAAAAUCAAAUCCUUUAGAGAACUUAGAAGGGAUCUGAGAACAAGGAAAGGAAGAGGAUAUGGACUUUUGUGCAUAAAAAGACGGAUGGAGGAGACCAAAAUUACAUCAUUCAACAGAAAUUGACUCAGCUACCUCUCAUGCAUCAGGCAGUGUUGUAUAUACUGGGGAACACAUAGCAGGGAACAAGACAGAAUCCCUGUUGUUCCUCAGGAGUGGAUAUUCUGUGAACUCCAGGGAAACUGUAGCUUGCCUGGUGUUUUGAUUCCCUCUUUUCCUCUCUUCCCUCUGUUAGGAGAGAAGAAUAAGCUGAACAGACUCUGACCGUUGGUUUUCAGCUCGCCAGGACCUUCUACCUAGCUCUCCUUUCGUGGCUCAUGUGCUGCAUCCUCUGCUCUCAGUGUGCAACUGGCCCCCAACGCAAUGUGUGUUUGUCAAACCAUGGAAGUGGGGCAGUAUGGCAAGAACGCAAGUCGGGCCGGAGACCGGGGAGUCCUCCUGGAGCCCUUCAUCCACCAGGUGGGCGGACACAGCAGCAUGAUGCGCUACGACGACCACACUGUGUGCAAGCCCCUCAUCUCCCGGGAGCAGCGCUUCUACGAGUCCCUCCCUCCCGAAAUGAAGGAGUUCACCCCUGAGUACAAAGGUAAACCUGAGAAGAAUUUCACAGCAUUAAGUCCCAUUGGUGAAGAGCAUGCUGUUGUCAAGGAGGUUUCCCUGUUUGCUGGAAUGGUCUAGGAGAGAAGGGGCAGCACUUAUCUGGUCCCAGAGGAGGAAGAAUUGGAUGCUUUCCAGGCUAAGGCGAUGAGACAGCUGACGAGGAGGCUCUGUGGAGCUUGUGUAUGUAUGUGCUGGGGGAUGAAUUGAUGGUAAGAAAUCUACAGAAGGACUGGGGCCUCGAGGGUCCUAACUUUUUUUUUUUUUUUUUUUUUUUUGUGGUAUGCGGGCCUUCCUCUGUUGUGGCCUCUCCCGUUGCGGAGCACAGGCUCCGGACGCGCAGGCUCAGCGGCCUUGGCUCACGGGCCCAGCCGCUCCGCAGCAUGUGGGAUCUUCCCAUACUGGGGCGCGAACCCGGUUCCCCUGCAUCGGCAGGCGGACGCGCAACCACUGCGCCACCAGGGAAGCCCCGAGGGACCUAACUUUUAAAGGAAAAAUAAUCGGUUUUAAAAUGUAAAUUAACUUUAUAGACUAGAACCCCGUGAAUAUAUACCAGAAUUUAAGGUACUUGAUUUUCACAUCUGAUUUUUGUCACCAUGUUUAUAUAUUUUUAUGAUUGCCCCUCAUGUGUAAGUUAGGUUUUUUGUGUUCUGUUUUUUGUUUUGUUUUGGCUGUGCCACAUGGCUUGCGGGAUCUUAGUUCCCUGACCGGGAAUUGAACCCGGGCCACUGAAGGAAAAGCACCGAGUUCUAACCACUGGACCGCCAGGGAAUUCGCUGUGUUCUGUUUUGUUUUGUUUUUUUUAAAAUUAAUUUAAUUAAUUUAUUUUUGGUUGCAUUGGGUCUUUGUUGCUGUGCGCGGGCUUUCUCUAGUUGCGGCGAGCAGGGGCUACUCUUUGUUGCGGUGCGUGGGCGUCUCAUUGCAGUGGCGUUUCUUGUUGUGGAGCACGGGCUCUAGGUGCAUGGGCUUCAGUAGUUGUGGCGUACGGGCUUCAGUAGUUGUGGCUCAUGGGCUGUAGAGCUCAGGCUCAGUAGUUGUGGCUCGAGGGUUCUAGAGCGCAUGCUCAGUAGAUGUGGCGCAUGGGCUUAGUUGCUCCGUGGCAUGUGGGAUCCUCCGGGACCAGGGCUCGAACCUUUGUCCCCUGUGUUGGCCAAGCGGAUUCUUAACGACUGUGCCACCAGGGAAGCCCCUGUGUUCUGUUUUUUAACUUUUCCAAAGCAAUAUGAAUUCAUUCAUGUUUGUACCAUCCUUUACUUGGGGGAUUCUCGAUUUAGAAAAACCAGUCCAUAUUGGUAUUGACUUUUGUUUCCUAAACCCUUUAAUUGUGGUGAAAUGUAUAUAACAUAAACAUUUAAAAAUUUGUUUAUUUGUUUAUUUUUGGCUGUGUUGGGUCUUUGUUGCUGUGCGCGGGUUUUCUCUAGUUGCAGUGAGCGGGGGCUACUCUUUGUUGCGUUGCACAGGCUUCGCAUUGCGGUGGCUUCUCUUGUUGCAGAGCACGGGCUCUAGGUGCACAGGCUUCAGUAGUUGUGGCACGCGGGCUCUAGAUUGCAGGCUCAGUAGUUGUGGCGCACGGGCUUAGUUGCUCCGCAGCAUGUGGAAUUGUCCCGGACCAGGGCUUGAACCCGUGUCCCCUGCAUUGGCAGGUGGAUUCUUAACCACUGCACCAUCAGGGAAGUCCACAUAACAUAAAAUUUAACCUUUUUUUUUUUUUUUUAAAGUGGAUGCGCCUUGUCUUUUUUUUUUAAUUGAAGUAUAAUUGAUUUACGGUGUUUGUUCAUUUCUGCU